CUAUUUGUAUUUAAAAUACAUUUUUGUCUAACAUUUUAAAUACUUGUAGUUAGAGUUUAAUUACAAAUACAUUUUUUCUAAGCAAUUAUGUUGAGAACACUCAGCUCAAUUAUUUUUUUACCUGAAAACAAAAAUUUCCUCAUAUUGUGAAACCCGCUGAAACGAACUGAAAUCGAAUAUGAAAUAAAAAACACAGCAUCACCUUUAAAAACUGUUUGGUAUGUUUGGUUCGGUUUAGAUUUAUAGAACACCCUGUAUAUUUUUUAAAUAAUUUUAAAUUGUGCGCCUUAAGGUGCUUAACAAUUUUCCUAUUUCCUAUAUUAAAUAUUUUACCUAUGGGUAAGUGCAAAUGUAACAGUAGUUAAAGUAAGAAAGUUGCAAUCCCAUAAUAUCACCCUGUCUUUUUCCUUUAUAUGAGUAAUGGAAGUUCUCUUUGUUGCACCCAUAGACCACAUAGAGUAACAACUUUGCACUUAUCUGUAUUAGCUCAAUAUGCAGGCAUAAUCUACGAGUAUUGGGAAAAUUACAUUAUUCACCCUGUAAAGGAGAUCUUAUGAAACAGUAGAAAAUGACAAAUAUUGUCAAAUAUAUUAUUCUUGCAUAUUAAGGUCCAGUCUUUACCAAAUCGUGUAUUACAUACUGCAAUGGACGGUUAUUUAUGCAUAAAAAGCCUUUUUAUAUUUUUAUGCUUGUUCGUUGUGGACAUUCGAGCGACUGGGAAUUCUUCGGAGGCGCUCGUGCCUCCAGUGGAAAGAGAAUUGCGACAAGGCAACUGUGAAAGUACUCCGAAUGAAGAUUUGGUGUUUCAGGACCACAUUUACAAACCCGCUAUACCUUUAUUAGUUAGAAACGCCACGGCUUCUUGUCACGGUGACUACAAAAUUUACUGCGUAACGGUGAAACCUUCGGAUCAAAGUGAUCCCACUGCCGAAAUUAUCGUUAGCGAAGGAGGAGUGAAUCAUACGUUUGUUACGAUAGAAAUACAUUCUAAAAGGAACGAAGGUAUAGAUUAUGGAGUGCGCGUAUUCGCGAAGAAAUUGAAUAUUUAGUUAUGUUUAUUUUAUAUUUGAUUACAAUUUUUACACACCAAAUAUUUUUGUGUUUCCAGCAAUUUUUCAUUCAGGUGUUCGAGAUGUGUAAUGACUUUUUUAUGAUUUUGGGUGCGAUAAAGACAACGUCCAUUAGACACUUUCAUUGCAACUUUUCACUCUAAUAACUUCAUUAGUAACAAGUAAUAAUACUUAUGAAAAUCAAAAAAACCUGUGAAAAAUCCAACUAUCUAUAUUACUUCUACUGAAUGUUUUUCCUAGAUUCGAUAUCUCUCAAUUUUUGCUCCAACAGCCCUUCAUCUAAUCUGUGUUUGCACAAAUAUUCACCGUUUAAAAACACAACGGGUAUUUCGUAUCUGUAUAGUCUUAAGUAACGGACAUUUUCUUUUUUCGAAAUAUCCACAGUGCUGAAUUUAACUCUAGGAAAAUAUGGAGUAAGUUGAGCUUUCAAUUCAUCGCACAGCGGGCAAGGGUCUCUUGAAUAUAA